AAUAUCUUGUCCACAACAAAUUACUAAGACUUACACGUAAUCAUCACCGCCAUUGAAAUAAUCAAAUAAAGUUUCCAUCUUUCUCCUUUUUAGCCACAAAAAUUAAUCAGAAACCAAACAGAAAUGGAUUCUGUUACUACUUCUCUAAAAACAACAUCCUCUCUUCUUCACCCACUUCGUUAUCUUUCUCAUUCUGUUACCGUUAAAUCUUUCUCCAGAUUACCUGUACCAUACAAACGCUGUCGUUUUGACAGCAUCAAAGUCUCGAGAAGGGGUGGUGUUGUUGUUGUAAAGUCUGCUGUUGACAACGUUAGUCUCCUGGACUCACUUCCGUCUGUAAAUGGAAAAACUGAGCUUGUUGCUUCUUUGAAGCUCAAAUUGCUGAGUAGUGUUUCUGGUCUGAACAGAGGUCUUGCUGCUACUGAAGAUGAUCUACAGAAGGCAGAUACUGCUGCUAAGGAGCUUGAAGAUGCAGGAGGACUUGUAGAUCUUUCAGCUGAUAUUGAUAAGUUGCAAGGAAGAUGGAAGCUGAUAUACAGCAGUGCGUUUUCAUCUCGUACUCUAGGCGGGAGUCGUCCCGGGCCUCCCACUGGAAGGCUGCUUCCAAUAACUCUAGGCCAGGUUUUUCAACGGAUUGAUGUCGUAAGCAAUGAUUUCGACAAUAUAGUAGAGCUUCAAUUAGGUGCUCCGUGGCCAAUACCGCCUCUGGAAGUGACCGCCACUUUAGCCCACAAAUUUGAACUUAUCGGAUCUGCAAAGGUCAAAAUAACUUUUCAGAAAACUACUGUGAAGACAACCGGAAACUUAGCCCAACUUCCGCCAUUGGAUAUACCUCAACUCCCCGAAGCAUUAAGGCCUCAAUCCAACACUGGAAGCGGUGAUUUCGAAGUAACCUACGUUGAUGCUGAUACUCGUAUAACCAGGGGAGAUAGAGGAGAGCUAAGGGUAUUUGUUAUCGCAUAGUUUCGUAACUCAUGCAGUUUCUUUACCAUCCCAUACAAAUACAAUUUGAGGAAGUUUGUAUAUCAUAAGCAUCUUUUAUGUCCGUUCGGCUUCUGCUAUUUUGUUGUGUAUAUGUAUGGCCACUUGAAAAUGAAUCAUAGUACAACUGUAUAUUUCUUUUUAGCAUUACA